AAUAAAACAUAACCUUACAAAGCACAAGAAGUAAAACAUAACCUUAAUAUGCAAUCUUCAUUAUACAAUAGCAAUGAUUAUUACUUAUAAUUGAUUUUUUUAUUUAUUUAUAAUUGUGUUAUAUGUAUAAAUGAUAUAUUUUUGUGAAAAGAAACAUAAAAAAUGAUUAACAUUGAAUUCGAGCAUUUUUGAGCUAUGCUUUUUGAGAUUAGAAAUCUGAUUUUAUUAUUGUUGAUAAAUGAGUAUAAAAUUCAUGGCGUGUUUAAUUAACAUAUUGAAAGAUGAAGAGAAUCAAAAUCGUGCCGGACAGGCCGAAUCGUCUAUUCGAGAUCUGGUUAGAAGAAUGGAAAAACGAAGCGGUGCUUCGAAAUUCUGAGCUGCACUAUCAUUUCGCGAAAGCUUUGAAUUCACUCAAGAGAUACCCGCUGCCAUUGGAAUCCGGUAGAGAAUGCAUAAUUUUGCAGCAUUUUGGCACGAAAUUGUGCUCGAUGCUGGAUAAAAAAUUGGAAGAGUAUAGAAGACAAGAAUCUGCUAAAGCACUUGAUGUUCAUACUUUUGCAAGCAACGAAGACUGUGCAAUUGCUCCAAGAAAGAGAUUUGUGGAAGAAGAUAAUAUUAUUGAAAUACAAGAAGAAACAGUAGUCAAACAAGCUAGAAAUAUUGAAAAGAAUGCACCAAAAAACCUAGUAAAUGCGAACGAAAUUAUAGCAAAAGAUAUUGCAGAGGAAAUUUGUAUAGAUCCUAAUACUUUUGAUAUAUUAUUAUUAGUAGAUACUCAAGAAACUUGUGGUGGAAAGACAAAGCCUCAGCAUGAUGCUACACUUGUGGAAUUGACACAGCUUGGUGUACUGUUUGAAGUGCGUCAUUUGAAUGUUGGUGAUUUCAUGUGGAUUGCAAGAUGUAGAAAGACUAAUGUUGAAUUGGUUAUACCUUAUAUAAUAGAGAGGAAGCGAAUGGAUGAUUUAAGUGCAAGUAUUAUAGAUGGAAGGUUUCAUGAACAAAAGUUUCGAUUGAAGCAGUCUGGUGUCAAGAAUCUUAUGUAUAUAGUAGAAGGUAUCGAUAAGAAAUCUAGAUUUUCUAUACCACUCCCAUCAUUGUUACAAGCUGCUGUAAAUUGUCUGGUACAAGAUGGUUUUACCGUAAAAUAUACAAAAAGUCACAAGGAUUCUAUGUCAUAUUUAUCAUGUGUAACAAAAACUUUAAUUAAAAUUUACAAGGAUAAAAAGCUUGUUGGCUUGAAAAAAAAAUAUAUUAUUGGAACACAGGAUUUCUCUAAAUUCAUCACAGUAGGUCUUAUGAUGUUCAAAGAAUUCAAUAAAGCAUCUUCCAAGCAGAGAACGUUUAAAGUAAGUGAGAUGUUUAUUCGUCAGUUAUUACAAAUGAAAGGUAUGUCCAUAGAUAAAGCCACGGCGAUUGUAGAACAUUAUGCCACACCACAAAUCCUAAUCACCGCUUUGCAAAAUUCCGGUAAAAACGGAGAGCAAUUGUUGGCAAAUAUUCAAGUAGGUGACAAAAAACGGCAGCUCGGACCUGCCAUCAGUAAGGCCAUUUAUCAGCUUUAUACGGCGAACGAGCUGAGUUGACUAAUAAAGAUACACAAUCUA